AUGCCCUCCACUAAUAAUAAGGACAAGCCCUGGGACACCCCUGAUGUUGAUAAAUGGAGGAUCGAGCCUUUUGGUCCUGACGAUCUGAAAUGUGGAACUCCUUUCACCGAGGAAACCAGCUUCGCAAGUCUUUUCCCCAAGUAUCGUGAGGCCUAUCUCCGCCAGAUCUGGGGUGAUUUGACCAAAGCUCUCGACGCAAAAGGCGUCGCCUGCCAGUUGGACUUGGUUGAAGGCUCUAUGACCGUCAAAACUACUCGUAAGACUUAUGAUCCCGCAAUUAUUCUCAAGGCCCGUGACCUUAUCAAGCUUCUGGCUCGCAGUGUGCCGUUUCCUCAGGCGGUGAAAAUUCUCCAAGACGACAUCGUAUGCGACGUCAUCAAAAUCGGCGGCUUUGUGAGCAGCAAGGAACGCUUUGUUAAGCGCCGCCAACGGCUCAUUGGCCCGAACGGUAAUACGCUAAAGGCCCUUGAGUUGGUGACCAAAUGUUACAUUCUCGUCCAAGGUAAUACUGUGGCAGCUAUGGGCACUUAUAAAGGUUUGAAGGAGGUCCGAAGAGUUGUCGAAGAUUGCAUGCAAAACAUCCAUCCUAUUUAUCACAUCAAAGAGCUUAUGAUCAAGCGAGAGCUGGCAAAGAAGCCCGAAAUGGCAGGUGAAGAUUGGAGCCGGUUCCUUCCUCAGUUCAAAAAGCGAAAUGUUGCCAGACGUGCUCCCCACAAGGUUCGCCAGAAGAAAGAGUACACUCCCUUCCCCCCUGCACCCCAGCCUCGCAAGGUUGAUCUCGAGAUUGAGAGCGGUGAAUACUUUUUGUCCAAGCGGGAGAAAGAGCAAAAGAAACAGGAGCAACGUCGUGCGGAACGCCAGGCUGCGAAAGAAGUCAAGCAAAAGGAACGUGCUAAAGACUUUGUUGCUCCUCGUGAGAAUUAA